AUGUCUUUCUCAUUACCAACAAUUGAUAUUUCGCCCUACCUCACCACUGACAGGAACCACAGCUUUGAGUCAAACAAAGCCAUCGUCACUCAGAUCCGCCAAACAUGCAGAACAACUGGCUUCUUUCAAAUCAUCAAUCACGGCAUCAACCCCGCCUUACAAUCCGGCAUUCUCGUUGCCGCAAAGCACUUCUUUGCACUUCCCCUUGACUUGAAACGUCAGUACAUUGAUACGACCGCGAAAAAAGGGUACGAAGAAAUCGGGGCUCAGGCACUGGAGCCAGGGAGCAGGCCCGACAUCAAAGAAUGCUACUUCGUCGGUUCGGAGCCCACCGUUUGCCACGAACCUCCCUACAAACCGUUCGAAUACCCGAACAUCUGGCCCGAGCCCUCAAUACUCCCCGAGGCGGUCUUCAAGGAACCGAUCCUGAAGUACCAUGAAGCAAUGUGUAGGCUUGCGCAGGUGAUCAUGGAGAUUCUAGUCAAGGGGCUGGAGGAUGACUUUCCGAGGUUGAAGUCGGGAGAGAUACUGGAGGAGUUCUGUCGCGAGCCCUGCGCGAGUUUGCGGCUGUUGAGGUACCCUGGGCCUUCUUCCAACCGUGCUGCUACCUCUGUCGGUGAGGUUGGGGAUACCGACGAGUCUGCUGAGAUGUGUCAUGGAGAUGUUGUGGCGGGCGCGCAUACGGAUUUCAGGGGAAUUACGCUUUUGCUUCAGGAUGGAAAUCGGGGGCUACAAGUUUUGCAUCGCGGGCAGGGAUUGGGACAGAACGGUGAGAAACAGGAGUUACAAGGGGUUGGGGAACAACAGAUGUGGAUAGAUGUGCCUUCUACGCCCCAUGCAUUUGUGGUCAAUAUCGGCGAUAUGUUUGAACGGUGGACGGGUGGUUGGUAUCGGAGUACAGUCCAUCGAGUGGUCAGUCGUUGUGGAGGAGAGAGGUACUCGGUGCCUUUCUUCUAUGACGGAAACCUGGAGUUUGUGGUUCGAUCUUUGACACAGAAUGGCUCCUUGGGUGGAGGAAGGUCUGGUGAGUAUGGCCAAGAGACGGAGGAAAUGACGGUUAGGGAGUAUCUGUUGAAGAAGUUCGACGAGAUUUAUCUUUGA